CCACACAGAAAGACAACGACGGCAACAGCAGCAGUAGCGCCGAAGAUUAGAACGUAAUACAAACAGAGAUCGAGCCCAAAUCUUAGUUCCGCGUUGCAUUUUCAAAACUUACCCGUCACAGGCCGGGUUACAUUGGCGGAUCCGGUGUCGAGUGUUUCCGAAUCAUUCCGAUUGAUGCCGAUGCAGUUGCCCAUCGUUGCUACAAAUAUCAUCCGGCAAUGAUUGAACCAGAAAGCGAUUUGUUUUGCUUGCAGUGUUGAUUGACGAGAUUUUUGAUUCACUUCACUUCACAAUGGUUGUUGCUGAAAUCUUGCAAAUAGGAUUGUGUUUCGUUUUUUUCACAUACAUACAAACAUUCGCACAUAUGCACACAGCUCAAGAAGUAGUAAAAAUAUAUUAUCUUCUGCGAGGCACUAUUUACACAAUUAUCUUACUUGCACUCACAAUUUUGCAAAGCCGUGCCGAAACAACCGAAAUCUAUUCAAAAGCUACGAGUAUUCUUCCCGAGUAAUUUAUAUCAUAUUCAGUCGCAGUUUUCGGAUGCUGCGUUUCGUAAACAAGCGCAGCCGAAUCUCAUUACGAAGCUCCUCCGCGAAACGUCAAACGUGAUCUCAUUCAGACGAGAUCAUAGCAAACUGUUUUUCAAGGAUUCGGCAAUUACCGCUGUCAAAACUUUGUGCAAUGACCUUCUUUUUCUCCAUAGUAAAUCGCUUGAAUUAAAAUUUACGUUGUUGUUGCUACUACUUAUGUAUCAAUCGCUGAUUGAUUCCUUGAAUCCUUGAAGGCUGCUGUGGUAAUGUUGAUGACGAGAUCCCUAUUACAAUGCCUCUACCGUGGGAAAUCAGAUCCUUAAUCAUUCCAGAAAAGGAAUAAAAACUCCUUCGAUUUACAAUAGGUGAGAAUUACUGCUGUUGUAGGAGAAGCGACUUUCGCGUGACCAAUUUGGGACUACUAAAGACGCACCGACACAGUCACUGAGCAAAUUUUUCAUUCAAUCCCGCACAACACACACUCUUCUGAUUCUUCUUGCAGUUUGAGUAAUUAUGACUUUGGCCUUUCCUCGCAUUGUCGUUUGCCCAUUGACAGCACUCUAUCGGCACACGCUGCCGAAAGACGGCCAAAUGUGUGCGAAGGAAAGGAACAGCAAUGGCAAAGUACGUAGAAUAGAAGUUCCAAAAAUCCUGGAAAGAGACAAAAUCGCAAGUCGUGCCGACGGUAAACACGAUAAUAUACCGCUUUUUCAGUGCAACUAUCCCAUGCAUUCGCUCCAUGGAUCGGGAACGGGAACGACACUGCUUCGAUAUAACCUCUCAACACAUUUGUUUAUCGGAUUGCAUUAUUUUUAUAGUACAGCAAUGGAAAUCUAUCGUUUUUCUGUCCGAGGUGUUUGAUAUGUCAGAGACGACAGAUGUGAAAUUCUGUUCUCGCUCAAGGAAAGUGAAGUGGAAG